AUGCCCGCCGCGCCCAAGCUCGAGCCGAAUCGGCGGAGGUCGCUCUCGGACCCCUUCGAGCGCGUCAUGCAGCCCCCCGAGGACGAAACCAUGAACGAACGCGAGCGGCGGCUCCAGGCCGAGGCCCACGCAAAGAAGGUCAGCGACGGAAUUGACGAGAUGAUCAGGCAGGAGAGAAAGGAACGGAUGAAAAAGAAAGAGGUCAAGGUCCUCCUGCUCGGCCAGAGCGAGAGCGGCAAGAGCACCACCCUCAAGCGUGACGCGACCGGCGACGACGCGCCGGACGACGCCGAGUCCGUCGCGUCGCUCAUCAUCUCGUCGAACGGGAACCCGCGCAGCUACGCCGUGCCCAACUACGAGCGGUACGCGUCGCGCCUGGCGCCGCUCACGCGGCUCGAGGAGCGGCUGUCGCGGCAGCUCUCGUCGCCCGACGAGGACGAGCCGACGCACACGGACCCGGCGUACGCGUCCGCGUCCGCGUCCUCGGUGAGCCUCGCGCCGACGUCGCCCGCGUCCAUGGCGUCGGAGGUGUCCGUGCACACGCACAGCAACUGGAAGAAGGUGUUCUCGUUCGGCGGGCGGCCGAAGGGCGGGGACACGAACGAGCUCGUCGGGUGGUGGGAGGACCCGGACGACCCGUGCCAUGUGCUCUACGCGUGCGCGCCGGCGAUGAUGGAGCUGUGGAGGGAUAAGACGGUGCGGUGGAUAUUGGACCAGAAGCGCAUACGGCUGGAGGAGAGCAGUGGGUUUUAUCUGGACGAGAUCGACCGAAUAACGGCCAAGAAGUACAUUCCCACUGAUGAGGACGUCCUGAAAGCGCGGCUGAAGACGCUAGGGGUCAUCGAGCACUCGUUUAUGCUCUCACACGGGCUUGUUCGCGGCGUGGAGUGGAAGAUCUACGACGUGGGUGGGGCGCGGAGCCAGCGGCAAGCGUGGGCGCCGUACUUUGAGGACGUGAAUGCUAUUAUUUUCUUGGCGCCAAUAAGCGCGUUUGACCAAGCGCUCGCCGAGGAUCCUCGAGUGAAUCGGCUGGAAGACUCGCUAUUACUUUGGAAGUCGGUGGUUUCAAAUAAACUGCUGGCGAAUGUGAAUAUAGUGCUGUUUCUGAACAAGUGCGACCUGUUGAAGGCAAAACUGGAGAGCGGCAUCCAGUUGAACCAACACUUGUUUUCGUAUGGUGACAGACCAAACGAUUACGAGUCUGUUCGGAAAUACUUCUACAAUAAGUUCGGUUUGAUGCAUCAGAACCAUACUCCCAACAGAGACCGAGAGUUGUACAUACAUUUUACGUCCGUAACUGAUACAAGGAGGACUCAUACUAUCAUCAAUAAUGUACGGGAUAUCAUCCUGAAAGCCAACCUGAAGGAUAUCCAAUUGAUUUAAUAAUCCCCCUCAUGCAACGUACGACAUGCCGGCGAUUGCUCCCGGUGGCUGGCUCAUGAUCGCCCUUAUUCGCGUCUACUUUACCCACCUGGCCCGCCCACCUUAUUCAUCCAGACAGCGGCGCCGCCCCUAAUCAAUCCAUACGCGGGACAGUCCUCUCCAUACCAUUCCAUCCCAUUCCAGCCUACUUGGCACCCACUCAAAGCCGAAUUCGAUGCCACCCUUGCCCGCACUCCGUCCUCGACUCGCCCGUGCCAACGCGCCGUUUUGUAUCCUACGCUUCGAUGUUUUCUUUCUUGUGAUGCUUUGUAUUCGCUGUCCUUGAACUCACACUCGAACUCGUUGUAUUCAACUCCCAUUCUCAUUUGUCCUUCCUCCUUUCGCCGUUGACGUUUAUCGACCUCGCGAGCGGUGAGUGGUCGAGCUGCGUACGUUUGACUCUGAGUGGUGGUUUCCCGGCUGAUGCAGGUCCUGGUGGAGUCUGUCGAUGUAGAUAUCGGUGGUACACAACAAACUGUAUUGUACACUCUCUCGCUCUCUUUCGUACUU